CCUGUGUCUGGGUUUUGCUGGAUGCCUGCAGCCUGUAGUCUUUAUAAUGCAGGCCAUAGAUGGGUCGAAAAUCGGCCGAUUUGUCGGCCGAAAAUAAAAUCGGCCGAUUUUCGGAUCGUUAGUGGGCGAUUUGGUCGGCCGUUUUUUCGGGAUUUUGGCCGUUUUUUUUGGUAAAGUUGGAAAAAAAAUCGGCCGAUCGGCCGAUUUUCGCGGCAUUAAUGGGCCAAUCGGCCGAUUUUUUACCGAUAAAAAAUCUGCGCAUGAGCAGUGA